AUGGCUUUGAGCAGGCCACUUUUUCGCCUUGGGACAACGCAUCGUGUUAGUCCCCCGCAGCUAAUCUUUACACAUCCAUCACCCCGACUCCAAAACGAUGCACGACAAUUUAUUCGCUCCCCGGGCAGCCGGCAUAUCGCGUCCAAUCCCACCGUCGAGAAGGUAGUCGACGUCUUCACCGAGUGGUUCCACCUCUUCCACGAUGCACACCUGUCUUGGGCAUUCGCAAUCCCCGUGGCUGCGGUAACCCUACGAUGCUUAACCUUCGCUGCGCUCAAUAUCCCCGCUCGACGCCAUGCCCUUCGCUUCUCGCUCAUGCGACCGAUGCUACACUCCAAUUUCGCGAUCACCGAGCGCAUCGUCUCGCAGCGCCGGGACCUCACGGCUAGGGCAAAGACCAAUUUGGUCAGAUCGACCAAUGCAAAUAACCGGAAACGUUUGAGCAAAACGUUCCGCUGGAAACCUUGGACGGCCGUCUUGCCAUUUGUUCAGUUUCCCAUCUUCCUGGCCGUGGCGGAGAGCUUGAGACGAAUGGCUGGAAGAGGGUCAUUCUUGUUCGACUCGGUUCCUUCACAGAGCUCCGGCACAAUUGCGGACACGACGAUACAGGCCACCAGCACAGCGGGCAUCAAUUCGGUAACUCAAUGGUUGGAGCCAUCGUUCCACACUGAAGGCAUACUAUGGUUCACGGAUUUGUGUGUCCCCGACCCGUUACUCGUUCUACCAGCGACCAUCACCAUAGUAAACUUGCUUGAGGUCUUCCUCCGCUCAAAACAACCGACCGAGGCCCCCGUACUAGGUCAAGAACCCACCUUGCGCCAGAGAUUGCUCAGCCGGAAGGUGAUUCGGCGCAUGCUGAUCAUUUUCUCCUUCGCUUACUUUCCGGUUUCUUCUCUCUUCCCAGCCGCCGUGCAGCUUUACUGGAUCAGCAGUACGCUGACUACCGCAACUUCCUACCGGCUGCUCGAGAAGUAUAUGCCGGAAACGAAGGUUGUUCCGCGCCCCAAGUGGCCAUAUCACGAAGACAGGACGCCCCCCAAGGGCCGGAAAAUACUGAGUUAA